AUGGUGUUGCUGUUAUCCAACUUUUCUUUCUUCGCCAUCUACCUGGCUCUGGGUGUCGUGCUAUGCUGGCGCCACGGAUUCCGUCGAUCAGAUGGUUGGAUCCUUGUGGUCACCCUGUCAAUCCUACGUGUACUCGCUGCAAGCUUCCAGCUCGCCACCAUCAACACCCCCAACACAACAACGUAUGGAGGCGCGCUCAUUUGCCAGGGAAUUGGUCUGGGCCCACUGAUUCUAUUGAACCUUGGACUUUUCAUCAGAAUGAACAUGUACUUCAAAAAGAUCCACCGACUUGUGUUCACCGCUAUCUCCGUUGUCUCCAUCGCCGCUAUUGCCAUUGCUGUCUACGGCGGUACUGAGUCCGCAGAAUCAGCCAGUCUGGGAACAAAUGCUAUGUUGAAAGUCUCCGUUAUUCUUUUUACAGCAUGCUACAUUGCAUUUUGGGGUCUUUUCAUCUAUUUCAUUGGAGACCGAAAAUUACUUCCCGAGGCCGAGCAAAAGAUGUUCCUCUGUCUCCCUAUCUGCGCCCCUUUCAUGAUCCAUUUGGGAGACUAUGUCCCGAGUCUUCGGGCACAUUUCAGUGUACUUACUGGAGACGUCACCACCUUUCUGUGUAUGGACGUCCUUGAGGAGAUCGUUGUGGUUGCGGUAUACGUGUUUUUCGGCAUGGGACUGGAGCAACUAUCGCCGGAAAUGAAGGGUACCAAGCGCAGAAAUGAUUCAGAAGUCACUGUAGUAUUGAAUAUUAUAGAUGAUCAAUGA